AUGGAAUGCAGGAUUCUUACAAGUCAUAAAGUACCCCGUCGGUUGGCCAAUAUUGUUCCAGUUCCAAAGAAAGAUAAAGUCAGAAUGUGUGUGGAUUUCAGAGAUUUGAAAAAAGUCAGUCCUGAAGAUGACUUUCCUUUGGCUCAUAUUGAAGUAUUGGUUGAUAGUACGGCAGGACAUGCCUUGUUGUCGUUCAUGGAUGGGUUUUUAGGAUACAACCAGAUCAGCAUGAAUCCUGAAGAUAUGGAAAAGACUACUUUCACAGCUCCUUGGGGGACCUAUUGCUAUAAGGUAGGUGUGAUUUGUCUUGUUGUAAAUCCUGCCGAACGAGAGCGUGGUGGUUCAUCCAAGAUCAUUGAAGCAUUAGAGAGAGGUAUACCAGUAGUGAGAGAGGCUUGGUUAGUGGACAGCAUCGAGAAACAAGCCCCCCAGCCUCUGGAGGCAUACGAUGUUGCAACUGAUCUUUCUGUAUACGGCAAGGGAAUUCCAUGGGACAAACAAGAUCCUAGUGAAGAAGCUCUUGAAUCCUUCUCAACGGAGCUCAAGCUCUACGGAAAGCGAGGUGUAUAUAAGGAUACCAUGUUGCAAGGGCAGGGUGGGAAGAUCUGAAAGGAUGGGAUUUUGUUCAAUUGUGCAUUAUCUAUUUGUGAUGAAGGAAGAGGACUGAAUGAGUAUUGCAUCAUGCAAUUGAUCAUGGUACCUGAGAACCGUUUGCAUCUCUAUGAUAAGAAGGGCAGAACUGGUGAUGAUGCUAGAGCCGAGGAAAGACUGGAAGAAUUUGAUAAUGUCGACAAUGCAGUAAAGGAGUUCAUCCGGAUCUUUGAAGAGAGAACUGGAAAUGAGUACGAGCCAUGGGAGAGGCAGAAAAAGUUCCAGAAGAAGGCAGCCAAGUUUUAUCCGAUUGACAUGGAUGAUGGCGUGGACGUUCGAUAUGUCGGCCCAAGUCUCAGACAACUUGGAAGCAAACUUGAACCUUUAGUUGCAAAUUUUGUGAAGAUUCUACGCAGCCAGGAUAUUUACAAAUAUGCCUUAACGGAGAUGGCACUAGACACCCCUGAUAUACCUACAGCGAUGCAUACAGAUUUCCACUUGAAGAGAUGUGAGGAGGGUCUCCUGAACUUCAUAGACAUUGUGAAAUCAAGCAAAGUGACGGGGCCAAAAGCAAAUGUUGUUUGGUGGGAUUUCAGCAAUAGGUGGUUUACUCUCAUGCAGUCCACAAGACCCGUCAUUUUCAAGGAUUACAAAGAUAUUGCAGAUAAUAUGGCUGCGGCAGUGGAGACUGUACGAGACAUAAAUGUGGCCUCGCGUUUCAUAGGGGACAUGUCUGGCCCUACCAUUGAUGAUCCAUCGUUUGACAGAUACAACAAACUGGGAUGCUCUGUGCUUCCUGUGGAGAAAGAGAGUGAUGAUUACAAAAUGGUUUCCACUUACCUGGAGAAGACUUACGAACCUGUCCAAUUUGGUGACAUUAGCUAUGGAAUCUCAAUUGACAAUGUUUUUUCCGUCGAGUCGGGUGCUUGCCCUUGUGAAGAAAUAAAGAAGUUACCCAACAAGGUCCUCCUAUGGUGUGGUACGCGAAGCUCUAAUCUGGUCAGGCACUUGCAUAAAGGGUUCUUGCCUGCAAUAUGUUCACUCCCUGAGCCAGGUUAUAUGUUUGCGAAGGCAAUUGUCUGUUCAGACGCUGCAUCAGAAGCUGCCAGAUAUGGGUUCACAGCAGUUGACAGACCAGAGGGGUUCUUGAUCUUGGCAGUUGCAUCACUCGGUGAUCAAAUAAUCGAGUUUAAAACACCACCCAAGGAAACUAAAACAUUGGAAGAAAAGAAGAUGGCGGUGAAACGGCUGGGGAAGAAGAAAACCGACGAAACAGAGCAUAUGAAAUGGAAGGAUGACAUCAAAAUUCCCUGUGGUCGACUUAUCCCUUCGGGAAUCAAGGAGAGUCCUCUUGAAUACAACGAUUUUGCAGUCUAUGACCCCAAACAGGUCAGCAUAAGAUUCGUGGUGGGAGUGACGUUCGAAGAAAAGGAUGUGGUGAUGGAUGACGAGGAGUAACUGCAAGUGUUUGGGGAAAUGUGGGAGAUGGAAGGGGAAUAGAAGGGUUGUUUGUACAUAUUCCUUUUUGUUCUUACGCUGGGGUCCUAUUUUAACAGGUGGCAAGGCAGGAGAAGAUGGGGCUUAUCGAGAGGUUUGGUGGUGGUGGUUUCAUUUUGUUACAUUUCCAAUCAUCCUCCCUUGUAAAUUCACCACCUUUUGUACAUCUCUUUUUGUGUCUCUAUACGCAUGACGCAGCUAUUUAAUUACUUCCAGCAAAUGGGAAGGGGGGGGAAGAACCCUGGAAACUAUGGUGACAUGAGUCCAGUCAUCAUAAGGAGUGGACGCCACGUUUGAUACAAUUGAUGCUGGCUGUCUUCAUGGGUAUGGCAUUGGUUGGAAAUGUCCGCAAUUGGCGAACGGGUGGGUAUCCUUCCAACUGCCAAAAGGAAGGUGACUUUCAAAUAGAAUGACUGGCCUAAGAUACAGCAUCUCCCAUAAGAUUUGGAAAGAAUCCUUUUUCCUUGGUUUCUAUUGAACUUUCAUAAGACUACAAAGGCCAUUAACAACCGCUGGAUUACAGUUAUGAGGGGGAAAAGAUCCUACCUGGUUGCAAGCCCCUACACCCAGCGAAGGGGCGGUGAAAAGACCGCCUUGCCCCCUAGUUGGAUGCAUGUGCAUCUCCCCUAUUUGGUUCUAGUGCAAAAAGUGAUCCCUAGCCUUAUCAUAAAAUCAAAAUAUCAACAACAGAAGAGACCAAACAGAAGCAUAUACACCAUCUCACUAGUAAGGUACUAUUUGUAUCCAUAGUUGCUAUGGUACCAAGGAGAACUAAAGUGGUGGAGGACUGUUUAAGCACUUAAGCGAUAACGUACCUCGUUUUAAGGCGAACAAGGUGAUUAAAUGUUUUUUUUAUUUUUAUUCUUUUCUAAUAUUAUUUAAUAUAUUCUAUAUAUACCUUGUAUAAUCAAAAAUCAACAUUAAGCCACAUCAAAUCAUUGAA